AUGGCUUCUGCAACCCAUUCCCUCUUCUUCUCGUGUCUAGUUGCAGCAUUUUUGGUCUCAUCUUCACAGGCGUACUUGGGAGGUUACGGCUAUGGCUAUGGGUCUGGAUCUUCGUCAGGGAAGAAAGUAAUGAACAAAAUUGAUGCUUGUUGGCGUUCAAAUUCAAACUGGGCAUCAAAUCGCCGUGCCUUGGCCGACUGCGCUAUAGGCUUUGGUGAGGAAGCGAUUGGAGGAAAAUACGGGAAAAUUUACGUAGUUACCACUUCCACAGAUGAUCCAAUUAAUCCAAAGCCAGGUACACUUCGGUAUGGUGCAAUCCAAACACAACCUCUAUGGAUAAUAUUUUCUAGGGAUAUGGUAAUUAAGCUACAGAAUGAGCUUAUGAUGAACAGUUUUAAGACAAUAGAUGGGAGAGGGGCUAAGGUUGAGAUAGCUUAUGGACCUUGCAUCACAGUCCAAGGUGUGAGUCAUGUUAUAAUACAUGGAAUUAGUUUACAUGAUUGUACACCUGGGAAAUCUGGAAUGGUUCGUAGCUCUCCGAACCAUGUUGGCCAUCGACUAGGGUCUCCUGGUGAUGCCAUUCAAGUGUUUGCUUCGUCGAACGUCUGGAUUGACCAUUGCUAUUUCGCACGAUGCGCCGAUGGUCUCACUGAUGUAACCCAUGGCUCAACAGCCGUCACUAUCUCCAACAACUACUUCACCCAACACGACGAAGUGAUGCUGUUGGGGCAUAGCGAUACUUUUACUGCGGACAAGAUUAUGAAAGUUACAGUGGCCUUCAAUUAUUUUGGCCCAGGUUGUGUGGAGAGGCUGCCAAGGGUCAGGUUUGGGUAUUGCCAUGUAGUGAACAAUAGAUAUGAUCAAUGGCUAAUGUAUGCUGUUGGUGGGAGUGCCAAUCCAACCAUCUUUAGCGAAGGAAACUACUAUGUAGCCCCCAACAGUCGUCCUUUCAAACAGGUGACUAAGAGACAGUCUGCGGGAGGUUGGGACAAUUGGAAAUGGAGGUCUUCCGGGGAUUUAUUUUUCAAUGGAGCUUAUUUUGUUCAAUCUGGAUAUGGGUCAUGUUCCCCACCAUAUGGCGGCUACCAGUCAUUCAUAGCUGCCCCGGCAUUCAUGGUGCCUGACCUAACAGCCGAUGCUGGUGCUCUCCAUUGUGUUGCAGGACGACUGUGCUGA